AUGGCCGCAAGCGGCUCCUCAGGCGCACCACCCAGGACUACCCGUUUCCGCAGCCGACCUCUUCCCACUCGAGCCGACUACGCGCCGUCGAGCCCAGCCGCUAGUAUGGACGGCCACUCGGACGUGGACACAGACGCCAGCGGGCGGGCGGACAGUCCUCCGGAACCCACGUCGCCCGUGUCCCCGCUGGCACCGUACCCGCCCGUGCCGCCCACAGCGGGCCGCUCCCGCGCCCCCGAGUUCUACGGAUUCGUGGCCUGGACGGGCACCUACCUCUUCUUCGCCGCCUACCUCCUCUGGGCGUUCCUCCCCGACGCCGUCAUCGAGGCCCUCGGGGUGUCGUGGUACCCGAACCGCGAAUGGGCGCUGCUGAUACCGGCGUACGGGAUGGUGCUCGUGCUGCUCACGUACACGACCUACUUUGCGCUCGCCCUUGCCGGCACCCCCGCCUUCUCCGACCCGCGCACGAUAACUGACUCCAAGGCCCAGCUUCCGCCCCCGCCCCCGCCGGAGAGCCGCGGAAGGGGGGAGUCGGCGUACUUCACCCACGCCCGCGCGGACGCGCCCCCCGCGCUGUACGACAUCCCGCUCGGGCUCGUGAACCGCGUCGCGUACGGCCCGCGCCGGGCCCCUGGCCACUAG